AUGAACGCAUUUUUUGAUGGGUACGUGCACUCACGAACCACAUUGAAAGAAUUUGUUGAUGAAUAUGAUAAUGCUUUAAGGAGAAUGGUCGAGAGUGAGACACGUGCUGAUUUUGAUUCUUUCAAUCGCACAAUCUCAUGUAUAAGCGCCUUGCAGAUAGAGAAACAGUUUCAAGUUGUCUACACAAAUGCGAAGUACAAAGAAGUACAUGAUCAGUUUGUGAAAAUGAUGUCCUGUAAUAACUCUCAUCUCAAAAGUGAAGGUGCAAUUUCCACAUUUGAAGUUAUUGAAUAUGUUGCCGUUGGAGACCACUUAAUAGAAAAAACAUUUCUUGUUUACUUCAAUGAAGAUGAAUUGGAAGUGAAGUGCACAUGUGCAUUGUUUGAAGUAAGAGGCAUCUUAUGUAGGCAUUCACUUUCCAUGUUACGGACAAAGAAAGUGACAACUUUGCCACAAAGAUAUGUUCUUGAUAGAUGGAUGAAGGAUAUUAAGCGAGAGUACUCGAAGGUUAAGAGUAGUUAUGAUGCCAUUGGUGAUAAUCCACAUGCCCAAAUAUAUGACAAGUUGUCAAAAGGUGCUUAG